AAAAAUGUCAAGUCAACCUCCUUUUCUAGUUAUUGAUGGUUAUCGAGACAGAGACAGAGAAGGAAAGGAUUUUUUGGAUCCCGAAGCAGGCAAAUUUAAAAGGACUGAAUAUGCCCAUUAUUUUAUUCCUGGUUGGCGAGCUUUUUUGCAGGACAGUUAUCAAAUGCCUGGUUCCGAUUGUGGUUUAUUUGAGGCGCAGUUCUUCAAAUGUAUGGAAGCAUUUGGGGCUAAACUGUCUCGCCUUUAUUGCGAUUUGGAACAACGUGAUUUCUCGGAAUGUGUUACUGGGGAAAAGAAGUUUAAACGUUUUCGUGCUAUGAAGGACAUUCGAUUUAAAAAAUGGCUUAGAGGUGAUCGUCCAACUAUGUGGGAACCAACAAUUGAAUAUAUUCGUGCUGUAAAGCCGAAUUUUGCUGGAAUGGCUACUGGACCUGAUAAAAAGCCAAAAGUUAUUCAAGCGGUUAAAACACAAUAGUAUUUUACUUUUUUUAAAUAGAAAUUAUAUAAAUGUUGUUUUGAAUUGUUUUUGAUAGGUUAAGUGCCCAAAAAAAUUUUACAAGUCAAGAAGAGUACUUUUUUGUUUCCCUCCUUCCCAUGAUCUUUUGCGGAUAAUUGGGGAACAAUUUUAUAUGUUUCAAAAAUCAAAGCUUCUUUUCUUGAAGGAAAAAUUUUUAUUUGUGCGCCUGUAUGGACGAAAUAAAAUCUUUUGGCACUCCUCGCGGUAAUAGUUCGGUUCGUACCCCCCUUCUUAUUCUUUCCUAAAAGUAU